AUGUAUGCAGAUGACACUAACGUAUCAUUCUCAGCAUGUGUUUUUUCUGAACUUCAACGGCAGAUGAAAAAAGACCUGGAACAUUUAGAAUCCUGGCUUAUAGCCAACAAACUUACUUUAAAUACAGUAAAAACUGAAUAUAUGGUUGUUGGUUCAAAACAAAGAAUAAAUUCACUUGUGGGUGAUCUGACACUUUCCCUUAACGAUAUAUCUCUACGUAGAGAUCUAUAGACACCCAAUCUAUAGACACCUGUCUAUAGACACCCAAUCUAUCACGCUUAAUGGAAAACUUAAGGAAGCAACCAAAGAGCAGUUGAUUUCGUUGGCUUCGGUGUCAAAACGACUUAGUGCCGUUGAAGAAAGCGAAGCAGGGAAUCAGGACAGCUAUAAUGAGAACGUUAGCUUCGAGCAAUCGAGCGAGUCGGAGAAAUCAAGCGAGUCGCAUUCGUUGGAAAAGUCGAGCGAGUUGCAUUCUAAAGAAAGCAAAGCAGGGAAUCAGGACAGCUAUAAUGAGAACGUUAGCUUCGAGCAGUCGAGCGAGGCGGAGAAAUCGAGCGAGUCGCAUUCUUUAGAAUAUCUAAAUAAUCGAUUAGAAGCACUAAAUAAAGCAGUAUCUACCAAUACAGCUGCUAUAAAGUCGCUCAUUGAAAACACGAAUGACAGGAAACAGCCAAAUUAUCAAGAAUUAGAAAACGAAAUUGCCAUACUAAAAGAAAAGAAUCGUAAACUUACGGAUAAGAAUGCGAAACUUAAAGUCGAGAACAGUGACUUGGACGUGAGAAUUAACAACUUAACCUAUAUAUUAGCCGAUUUGCAAGGAAAGGCCAAGAGUGCCGAGCAAGAAAAAGAAAGUCUAAUUACUGCUAUGAGACUACUGGUCGAAGAUUCGAACAACGAACCCAACGCCACAAUUAAGAAUUACACUGGUGAAACGAGUAAACAAAGCGAGACACAGGAUUCAGUUGAUUGCGCUGGGCAAACAAAAGAAGUGUUGAAUCCGAACAUUCAAGUGAGUAAUAGAUUUUCCAACCUUAACACUAAGGAAAGUAAUGCAGAUGACGUGGAUGUUACGCAGAAUGACCUUGUUACCGCUCGUACAGAACCAGCAACGAAACAUAAACAAGUAAAUGAGAAAUAUAACAGAAGGCAUCAUACUGACAGCAAAGAAACGAAGCAAACUUAUCAUCACACUCGUCCUAACGUUGCUAUCGUGGGAGACUCGAUGCUCAAGCACAUAAAUCCUACACAGCUAAGGAGAAGUACAAGGAGCUUUAACACUCAAAUCAAGACGUUUCCAGGUGCGAAGGUAAGCGAUAUGGAAUAUUAUGUUAAACCUACUCUGGCCCGUACACCCGACCAUUUGGUUCUGCAUGUCGGUACAAACGACGUGAGACAAAGUACACCACAAGAGAUAACAAAUGCCAUAUCCAUGCUUGGGCAACAGAUCAAGAAGGAACUACCUACAACGAAUCUUGCUAUUUCCGAAGUAAUUACAAGAAAUGAUGACCCAAGUCUGAAUACGAAAAUUACAGAACUUAAUACUAAGCUAUCCCAG